AUGAACUUUUGGUGGUUAAAGUUCGACGAUGCAAGCACUGAAAGUCUUCGAAACAACAUCUUCACAAACAACAGCAUUACGAAAAACAUGAGACUCAACGCAGACACCAUUCUCAACGCGCAGUCAUACAUCAACCCCAUUGGUGACCGAGAGUUGAAUCUGCGUGGGCUGCAGAUUCCGGUUAUAGAGAACCUCGGAGUCACCGAAGAUCAUUACACGUCCUUGGACCUCAGUGACAACGAGAUCCGUGUCAUGGGAGGCUUUCCUCGACUCGAAACCCUUCGGACACUGCUGCUGAGCAAAAAUCGCAUCACACAGAUCAACGAUGUCAAAAACAUCGCCAAGCUGGAGACUUUGGUUCUGACACAGAAUGGAAUCGCGACUCUGGGUGCAUUAGAAAGCCUGAAGAGCCUCGUCAACCUCACAGCUAUCACUCUUGAUGGCAAUCCCGUGCAGCACGUACCCCGCUACAGAAGCUACAUGAUUUCUAUUCUGCCUUCUCUUCGCAUGCUCGAUUUCCAGCGAGUAACACAAAAGGAACGUGACGAGGCUGAAGCCAUGGAGUUCGACGUGGUGCCUGUGACGGAAACCGACAACCUCAGCGCUGUGGACAAGGCUGAGUUGAGAGAGCGACUCAAGAACGCUACCACCAUCCAAGAGAUCGAGGAGAUCGAGGCCAUGCUGAAGGUCUAG